AUUCGAAUAACAACUUCUACUAAUGUUAGACUAAUUUGACCAAACGUCGGUCAACGAAAGUCAGCGCCACCGCAGAACCCUAAUGGCCGGCGCUCCGCCGUCUCUUCUCUGGCUCACCCUUCUCCUCCUCCUAUCCUCGUCUACGCUGUCACACUCCUUCUCCUUCUCCAACUACCACACUCUACUUUCCCUCUCCCACUCCCUAAUUGCCCGCGUCGCCACUCUCCGAGCCGCCCGCGGCGACCUCGACGGCGCGGCGCGGGCCAGGAAUUUGGCCGACAAUCUGGAGCGUGGCCUCGGCCUCGGUUUCUACCGAUUCGCCUGGAACGUAGGAUGGGACUAUCUCAGGAACUACGCCUGGAGGGAUACGACGUCGUUCGGAACCCUAGCCGGCUUGCUGCCGGAUUUGAACGAGCUGUUCGGCGCCGUCGCCGAGCUGAGCCGGAUCCGGUCGGACGCGGAGCGGGUUGCCUGGAUAGGCCGAAAUUACAAACGUGCCCUUAGGGUUUCGAAGUCAGCCGUCGCCCGACUCCUCAGCGUUUUCCGCCAAUCUGGACCGUUACGGGAUGUCGCCAUGGCCGUGCAGAAAGAAAUUGUCGAGGGGGAUUUGCUGAGGGACUGUCUGGAAUUGGGGGGAGACGAUUUAAAGGGCUUGAUCGAAAUCUUGAAGGGAUUUGCUGUUCGAUAUUCUAAUCAAUCAUCGUCUUCCAACAGUGAAUUAUGAAUCGAAGUUUUUUUCUCAGUUCAGGAUUUAGGAGUUAGCUGUUAGCCCUGUUGUAUGAAAUUCGAUGUUUCUGUUGUUGAUUUUGGUAAUUCGAUUUAGAUCUUGUUUGAUGAAAUUCAUUUGGAGCGCCAUGAUUGAGCAGACGAGACGAAUGCCAUCAAACCUCAUAAUGAACACGUUAUUUUCUCAACUGAACAUAUCCAUGCCCACCAAACCGCAUGUGCAAUAAAUGCUUCUAUCUUUAAGCC